AUGCAACUGAUUGUAGAUCGCUCAAGAGCGUAUGUAUUUCGUUCGAUGAACCAAGAGCUCGAUGACUGCAAGUGUGCUAUAUCGGAGAAAGACAUGAAAAGAGGAUCUUCCCGUUUCUUCCAUCCUAAAAGAAGAGUCACUGUGCGAUUCCUAGCCGGAUUCGACUCCGUUCGAUCUCCGAUUUCAAACAAGAACGAACAUGAAAAAGAAAGUAAAACGGAGCACACAAGAAUUUGGUUACCCAGGAGUUCGUUUCCUACUCUCCUGGGGCACGGCUAUGCCGGCGAAUCACUAGAAUCGAGCUCAGAAACUUGA